AUGUCUCCUUCCAAAGUCACUACUCCAUUGAAAGAUUUAAACGCCGUCGAGCAAAAAAUUAGACAGGAAUUAGAUUUGAGUUCUGGUGUCACUACUAUUAGACGUAAUGCUCCUGUUUCUGUUCUUUAUGAAGACGCUUUGAAAGAUGAAAAAAAUACCAUCAUUUCUUCUACAGGUGCGCUUAUUGCUUAUUCUGGCGAAAAAACAGGUAGAUGUCCAAAAGAUAAACGUAUUGUAGAAGAGUCUGACUCUAAAGAGGAUAUUUGGUGGGGUCCAGUCAAUAAACCAUGCUCCGAAAGAACAUGGGAGAUUAAUAGAGAAAGAGCCGCUGACUAUUUAAGAACAAGAGAACAUAUCUAUAUUGUUGACGCUUUUGCUGGUUGGGAUCCAAAAUAUAGAAUUAAAGUUCGAGUUGUAUGCGCAAGAGCAUAUCAUGCACUUUUCAUGACAAACAUGCUUAUUAGGCCAACAAAGGAUGAAUUAGAAAAUUUUGGUGAUCCUGAUUUUACCGUUUGGAAUGCAGGUCAGUUCCCUGCUAACUUCCAUACUGAAGAUAUGUCAUCAAAGACCACGAUCGAAAUUAACUUCAAAGCCAUGGAAAUGAUUAUACUUGGUACAGAAUAUGCAGGAGAAAUGAAGAAAGGUAUUUUCACUGUCAUGUUUUAUUUAAUGCCAAUCCAUCACAAUGUUUUAACUUUACAUUCCUCGGCAAAUGAAGGUAUCGAGAAAAAAGACGUCACUUUAUUCUUUGGUUUAAGUGGUACUGGGAAGACUACUUUAUCUGCUGACCCCCAUAGACUUUUGAUUGGCGAUGAUGAACAUUGUUGGUCAGAUACCGGUGUAUUCAAUAUUGAAGGUGGUUGUUAUGCUAAAUGUAUCAAUCUUAGUGUAGAGAAAGAACCGGAAAUUUUUAAUUCUAUAAAAUUUGGUUCAAUAUUGGAAAAUGUAGUUUAUGAUCCAAAAUCUCGUGAAGUUGAUUACGAUGAUUCUUCCAUCACUGAAAAUACAAGAUGUGCUUACCCUAUUGAGUUCAUUCCAAGCGCUAAGAUUCCAUGUAUAGCUAACUCACAUCCAAAAAAUAUUAUUCUUUUAACUUGUGACGCUUCUGGUGUUUUACCUCCAGUUUCAAAAUUAACAUCAGAUCAAGUCAUGUAUCAUUUCAUAUCUGGUUACACGUCAAAAAUGGCUGGCACAGAACAAGGCGUUACCGAACCCCAACCAACUUUUUCGUCUUGUUUCGGUCAACCUUUCCUAGCACUACAUCCGAUGAAGUAUGCUACAAUGUUGGCAGAAAAAAUGGAAAAACAUAAGGCUAACGCCUGGUUAAUAAAUACUGGAUGGACUGGAUCAUCUUACAUUGCAGGCGGGAAAAGAUGUCCAUUACCCUAUACAAGAGCCAUUUUAGAUGCUAUUCAUGAUGGUUCUCUAGAAAAGGAAUCUUUUGAAACCUUACCGAUUUUUAACUUAAAGGUUCCUAAAAAUGUAAAUAACGUCCCAACUAAGUUAUUAAACCCAUCGAAGAAUUGGUAUGAAGGCGAGCUCAAAUAUUCAGGUGCUGUCAAAAAAUUAUCCAAACUAUUUAUUGAAAACUUCAAAACCUAUGAGGAUAAAGCAACGAAAGAAGUGUUAGCUGCCGGUCCACGACUUUAG